AUGGCCGCCGAUGGAGUUUUGGCGCUGGAGCAGAGGCACGGCAAAGCAAGGGUCAGAGUAGGGAGAGUGUGGAGAGAACCAAACGGACGCCAGAAUUUCGUCGAGUGGAGCGUGAACAUCAGCCUUCUCUCCGAUUGUUUGCCCGCUUAUACUAACGGCGACAACUCCGAUAUCGUCGCUACGGAUACCAUGAAAAACACGGUAUACGUGAAAGCUAAAGAAUGUAAGCAACCGCUUUCACCAGAGGACUUCGCCAUUGUACUUGGAAAGCACUUCACAUCCUUUUAUCAUCAGGUCUCUUCUGCAAUAAUCAAUAUAGUUGAGAAGCCAUGGGAGCGCAUUGACAUUAAUGGCCAGCCACACGAGCAUGGUUUCAAGCUGGGAUCCGAAAAGCACACAACAGAUGUCAUAGUUAAGAAGUCCGGUGCAUUGCAGGUUAUUUCUGGUGUUCAAGGAUUGGCAGUGCUGAAAACAACCCAGUCAGGAUUUGAAGGAUUCAUCAGGGACAAGUAUACAAUAUUGCCUGAAACUCGAGAAAGGAUGCUGGCAACAGAGGUCACAGCAUCUUGGAGGUACCCUUUUGAGUCUUUAACAAGUGUCCCUUCAAAACAGUCCUACUUCUCGGAGAAAUAUAUGGAUGUGAAGAAGGUUUUAAUCGAGACAUUCUUUGGUCCUGCUAAAGGAGGGGUAUACAGUCCUUCUGUUCAAAGCACGCUCUAUUACAUGGCAAAGGCUGUGCUGGACAGGGUUCCUGAUGUGUCUUCAAUCCAGUUGAAAAUGCCGAACAUUCAUUUUCUGCCGGUCAACUUGUCCAGCAAAGAUAACCCCGUAAUUGUUAAGUUUGAGGAUGAUGUGUAUUUACCAACGGAUGAACCGCAUGGAUCGAUUGAAGCCACCCUUAGUCGGGUUCGUUCAAAGAUGUGA